UUAUUUGUUAUUGAGGGUACAUCCUCAAUUGAACUUUUGUACCAAAGUUCCUGCAAUAAUAAAAUCGUGUACAAUGAAAAAUUUAUUUUUGUUGUGGUCAUUUGUAUUCAUGUUCAUAAAAAUCCAGGGGGAAAGUGCAAAUGACCGUCUUCUAGAUGGACGCAUCAUGGGGAAGAAAAAUCAGACGAAUAGUGCCACUCGUUUUGACGAUUUUCAUGAGUAUAAUCUUGAAUCAGCUAAGCCAUCGCCUCGUCGUCGUCAUCAAGAUUUGCAACCCUGGCCACUUGCUGAAACUCUUCAGAAUUCCCAGAUGAAUUUUGAGACCGUUCGUUCCUCUGAAGAAGCUGUCACGAAGAAACCAAGAAAGAAGAAACUGCGACGGCGUACACGAAAGCCAAAGAAAGAACCAUGUCCAGAUUCUGACGAGGAGUACGAUGAAACUGUGGAAGAAGACACCAUAGUUUCUGACCAACCAGCUCCCGGAUCAAAACGGAAACCUCCAAAGAAGCCCAAACCCGAAGACAAUGGGAAAGUAUUCUUCGAAGAGACAUUCACGGACAGGUCGUGGGAAUCUGCAUGGGUUUACUCAAAGAUGGAAUAUGGAACGAAAGAGAAGAAAAAGUACGAGAAAUUUUACAGAGUUCGGUCACGUAGAGGUAACAAGGGAUUUGAUUAUGGUUUGGUCACCUCGAACAAAGGAUCAGAAGACUAUGCCAUUUCCGCAAAUUUUCAACCUUUCAACUCCAACGAUGGUCCACUCGUGGUUCAAUUCGCAAUGCAAUAUCAAAGCGCUCCUCACUGUGAAUAUGUCUAUCUGAGACUUUUCGACUGCAAGUUUAAAUCUGACGAAUUGACAAUGGACAGCCCAUACCUUAUUCAGAUGGGCCCAAACAUUUGUAGCGAUGAAAAAUAUCUGGACGUGGUGAUAAUGGACCCAGUCAAAGGCGAAAAGUACGUCAUAAGCGACAAAGUUCCAGCCCUGGUGUCCACAGAUAUUCACAUGUACGGAUUUGUCAUUCACCCCGAUGGAAAUUAUCAGAUUUUGGUGAAUGAUAAAUUCGUACAAAAUGGAUCUUUGAGCAACGCCUUUCCAAAUUAUCAAGGUUUUCCAUCAAUCUGUGCAGUGGGACUGAACGUCUGGCACAGCAUCUUGGACAAAUUCUUUCUUGGACAAAUUAUUAUUGAUGACGUAUUGAUUUCAUCGGAUGUAAAUUAUGCGCAGAGGAAGAGGUUCCAAAUUUUGGACAUUGUUACAGACACAAAUAAUUCGACUAUGAACAAGAACAAGUAGUAUACUUGUAAGUAUGGAUAAAUUCAGAUAUGUGCAAUUGCCAGCCAGGUGGUGUUGAAAUAAUACGUUUCAAAAUGAUUUUAUGAAUCUUUAAUAUCAUUCUUCAAUCUACUUUCCUUUACGUCUGUACAUAAAUUUAUUUAAACUUACUAUUUACAAUUUCUGUUUUUGUCGCAAAGAUUUGAUCAUGAAUAAAUGAUACAUCUAUUGA